UAGCGUGUAAAUGUUAUGUACGGGGUAACGCGGUCAGUGCGCCAUACAACGAUUUUAUCGGUGGUCGGAUCGCGUAUUACGUGCGAGCUAAAAUUGCACAACUGUAUCCACCUGUCCGAACUCAGCAUGGGGAAGGAUAAAAGAACGAAGAAGUUUGCGACAAUGAAACGCAUGAUAUCGCUCAAAGAUUCAAGAAUAAAUGAAAAGGACAGACAGAAGAAGGAAAAACCUAAAUGGAAGGUGGAGAAGGAAAAGGCACAUCAAGUGAAAAUAAGAGAGGUUCCUCAAUACUCCUCUGCAUUGUUCUUCAAGUACAACACACAACUUGGUCCUCCUUAUUACGUCAUCGUUGAUACCAACUUUGUCAACUUCUCUAUCAAGAAUAAGAUAGACCUUGUUCAAGGCAUGAUGGAUUGUCUGUAUGCUAAAUGCAUACCAUGUAUUACAGACUGUGUGAUGGCCGAGAUUGAAAAGCUUGGGAAGAAGUAUAAUGUAGCUCUAAGAACAGUUAAAGAUCCAAGGAUAGAACGGCUCCCGUGCAUGCACACUGGGACGUAUGCUGAUGAUUGUAUUGUGCAAAGAGUUACACAGCAUAAAUGUUAUAUCGUGGCUACUUGUGACCGAGAUUUGAAGAGGAGAAUUAGGAAGAUUCCAGGAGUGCCCAUCAUGUAUCUCUCUCAGCAUAGGUAUACAAUUGAGAGGAUGCCAGAUGCUUUCGGUGCUCCUCGGGUAUGAUCAGCGAAUGGUGAUUAGUCUUUUAUUCAAGACAUGAACAAAGCUCAAGCUCUGUCUAUCAGCAUUGAUAGACCUGUAUGGGCCUUCUGAUAGAAUGGCAAUUAGCUUUUUAUUCCAUACUUAGCGAUCUCAAAUGACUUCAGUCCAUGAAAGCUGACAAUGGUGACAUUUUGAAGAUCUGCUCUGCGUAUUACCAAUGGACAAUCGACCUAUGUUGACCUUGUGUGAGGUAUUCUUGUGUAGCAUCCACUGCCCAUGCUUCACUGAUCAGGAAUUAUAUUCCAAGGACAACUUUAGUGCAUCCUGUCAAGAUUGAAAUUGGAUCACUGAUGUCAGAGGCCUUCUGAAGACCGCUUUAACUUAAACUGUGGUCUAAUUCUGUUCUUAUCGUAUGGGAAGCGAAGAAUAUUAUUUUAAAAUAAGUAUGUAAGUUGUAUGCUUCUAAUAUUUAUUGUGUUUUUUUCCAAGCUUUCAUGAUGAGGAAAACUAUAUUCUUCAUCAUAUUCAAACAGUUGUCAACUGAACGUACUGUCAAGUUGAAUCUUUACCGUUUCAGUUUUCAAACACAUCAUUCGUGAUUGUGUUUACCUGAUUAUCCCAGGACAUUUUGGAAAAGUGAACUCCAGGGCAUCAACUCUGGUCGACACUCUUUAGAUGAACUCCCAAAAGAUGAUAGGUGAUUUAUUUAUUUUCCUUUUCCCCUUUUCUUUUCCUUUACGAUGUGUUUUUUUUUUCAUUCUCGCAUUGUUAACCUUACACUUAGACACCAUUCUCACUACCUUCCUAAAACUAGUUUAGUGUAAACUAGUUCAACAUGUAGUGAGAACGGUCAAAGCGAUCUUCAAAACCGGUUCAGAAAACCACCUUGCGAUGAAGUUUUAAGAUCGCUUUGCCUUGUUAAACUGGUUAUAGCGUGAGGAUACACCCGUUCUUUUCACAUUUUGAGCUAGCCACUCCACACGACGGGUAGAAUGCUAACGCUGUGAUUUCAAAUUUCGCGCGAAACUGUCACCCCACUGAGAGCAUAUCCAUUGCAACGAGAUUGCUUUACAUGAAGUGAUUUUGAAAACCACUUUCAUGUGAUCAAGUGGGAAUGCUUGCGAAGCGAGCUUCCAAACUGGUUUCCUGAAUCGGUAAACUAGUUUUAGAAAGCGUAAUGAGGACGGCCUCAUAUUAUAGAUAUUUUGUAUUUCCAUAAUUCUUUGUAAGUGCAGCUCAAUAUUGAUGUUUACAUAUACCAGUAAUGAUUAAGAAAAUGAAAACAUCUGGCUUGGAAUAAAAUGUCCAUUGUUGAAAGAAAGGGCAGAAUAUGAAACACUUGAUUUUCUGAAAAAUAUUGAUGUAAGUUUUAAUGCUGAUAGAAUAACUGUCUCAUUUGUCUUCAUUUCCCUAAUGCAUUGUUUACUGGUUCUAAAAUCAAUCUUUGAUUUGCUUUUAUCUCUUAUGUAAUCAAGGAAAGACCUAUUUGUAAAUAAAAACUAAUGAUGUGUAUUGUUUAUUUACAUCAUUAUAUUUGUGAAUUACACAUAAC